ACAAUAGCUGGAUACGAUGAACAGACUUCAUUGACUUGAACAUCGUUUACCUCUUCUAUUCCUUACACAAUGCUUUCCGACCGUAUUCAGAAAAGUCUCAACUGGCUCAAUGAUGCGUUGCCAGCCGCACCACCUUACCCCGAAGAUGUGGUGAAGAUGGACUCAGCCGAGAACUGGCUUGUACGGCCGUAUAUCCUCCCUAUCAUGAAGGAAGCAAUCGCCUCUAAUUUGGAAGGCGAGCACCUAUCUUAUCAGAAGAGCUACGGUGGAAACCCCGCGCUCCUAGAGGCAACAUCGGCUAUGCUCAAUAAGUUCUUUUCACCUCGCUCUCCCGUAAAGCCUGAACACAUCGUGGCUGGUGCUGGUGCGGCCGCCAUUCUCGAUAGCCUUGACUUUGCUAUUUGUGACUUGGAUGAUGGCUUGCUCAUCGACGCACCUAUGUGGGAGGGCUUCGGGCUAGCCAGCAACUUGAGGAACGACGACCGCCUUAUUCCCGUGCCGAGGCCCCCGUCAUAUUCAAGCAAGGGGCAGGCCAUCGCGCACUACUCCAAGGCAAUGGAAAGUGCGCCGUGCCGCAUUCGCGGAAUAAUUGUCUGUAAUCCGCAGAAUCCAUACGGGCACAUAUAUCCCCUGUCUUGGAUGGAAGCCAUAUUGCAAUUCUGCGAAACGCAAGACAUCCAUUACAUUUCCGAUGAGAUUUACGGCAUGUCGACUUUCGGCCCAGUGUCCUCAUCGUCGAGGUUGCCAGUCUCAGAGAAGAGCGAGCCAAUCUUUGAGUCCCCGGAGACAACAUUCACAUCAGUCAUGUCAUUUAACCUCGAGAAACUGGGCGUCAAUCCCGCGAGGGUUCAUUGUAUUUAUGGCAUAAGUAAGGACUUGGGCAGCAGCGGGCUUCGACUUGGAUUCUUCAUUACGCAGCACAACCCGGAGCUCCGCCACGCGCUGUCGAUCCUUAACAGGUUUAGAGUAUCCAACGCUUCAUCCCUGAUGGGGCUAGGUCUCUUCUCUGAUCUAUUAGCCCUCGAGGUUAUCAUUGCUCGAAACAAGAUAAACCUUCGUAACGCGGCCGAGUAUGUCGGCGACUUCUUAGCGUUCCAUGACAUCUCGUUCUAUCGGCCGACUGCAGGCUGUUUCCUAUGGGCGCGCCUCGGUGGCAACUCUGCGACCAAAGAGUCGGAUGCCGCGCUCUGGAAGCAGUUCGCAUCGGGCGGCGUCGCCCUGGCUAUUGGAGGCGCAUUCAAUGAAAGCGAGCAUGGAUGGUUCCGCAUCACGUAUGCGCUCCCGCAGGAAGAACUACAGAAGGGCAUACGUCGCAUUGAGAUUGCACUAGGCAGAGAUAAGAAAUGGCAGCCGGGCAAGGCGAGUGGCGCGUUGAUUGCGCAACAUGGACAAUCUCUACGAAUGCGACCAAAAAAAAGCUCGAAGAGCUUUGGACUGCCUUUGAGUUGGAUUAUGUGGUGGCUUUGA